ACAACAGAUAGCCUCUCACAAAGUGUGGUGUUAGAAAAGGAUUCGCCAUCAAUGCAAAGGAAUUCCUUUUUCUUUCCAGUUUGGAACGGUUACAAUGAUGAAUAAGGUAUCGUUUGCUGCUUUGAAAAGUCUGCUCAUUUUCUUCCAUGUUCGCUUUUCUUAUGUAUCCGGUGAAGUACGGAAAUACAAUGAGACUGGUGGUGCUUUCGAACUGUGUGAAAAUCCAUGUCGCCCCAUUAUCUUACGAAAUGGACAGACAUUGAUCACCAAAAAGACAUUGAUAGAGAGAUUUCCUCUCUUACUGCGUGACGAAACGCUGCAUUUUGUUUGCAAAUUGGCAGAGUCGACAACAUCUAUUGAAACCAUGUCUUCAACCUCUGCCUGGACCAUAACGACAACGCAAGAAGUGUCAAGCGACUCGACAAUCAGUGCUACAACACUUGAUCCCGUUUGCGAUCCAGACCCGUGCGAAAACGGUGGGACUUGUACACCCGAAACAGGAACGUCUUCAUGUAGCUGUCCGAAAGGAUAUUCAGGAGUUAGAUGUCAAAGAGACCGUUACCUGGUGAGCGUUGGCCUGUAUGGUGGAAACCAUAGCGGUGAGGGACGAGUCGGGGUUCUUCCGAGGGGUCAUUCCACACAUGACUUUGUUUCAAUCAGCUAUUCCUGGACUAUGUCCAUGUCCCACUUGGUGUGCCGAAACGUGGGUUUCAGUGGUGCCAUUGCAACACUAAGUGGUGAUGUCUAUCCUACAGGUGAGUUCGGGGAGGUAGGAGAAGCUCAUUGCCCGGAGAGCCUCACCAACUUCACGGAAUGCUGGUACUCUACGAUCAGAAAUCGAGACACGAGUAUUGAGUACCACAUCGCUGUCGAAUGCUGCACAACCUCAAACUGCAGCUCUCCAUCUGGCCGACCUCUUGGAAUGGAGUCCGGCGAUAUUUCUGACGCCGACAUCAUUACGUCAUCCUGUCAGAGUACGCCACCGUGUGGCCACGAGGCACGUCUUAACUCAGUGACGUCAUGGAGCGCCGAAUCGGGUGAUCAAACCAAUCCUUACAUUCAGGUGAAUCUAGGAGCCUAUCACAUGAUCACUGCUGUCGUCACAAAGGGUGGUGUAAACGGAUGGGUGACUUCUUUUAAGAUCUCGUAUGGCUCCGAGGAAACUGAUUUGAUGCUCCUUGCUGAUGUUGAUAACGGAAAUGAAGUAACGUUUCCUGGCAACUUUGACGCCACUACAACAGUGACGACCUCGUUGGUUCCUUACAUCCUCGCCAAGUACAUUCGAUUAAACCCCAACUCGAGUCACCUUGCGGUCGCCAUGCAAUUUGAGCUCAUUGGUUACGGUCCACUUCCAGAACAUGUUGUUGAAAUUCACGAUCGAGAUGGAACAUGUAUGGAAAGUGGUAUUCCACUGGGAGUGGAGAAUGGGGACAUUGGCGAUGAGUCUCUUACAGCAUCAUCCAGUGAGCCCGUGAAUGAGGCACAUCAGGCUAGACUAAACAGUAGUACCUGUGAUGGCUGGGUACCUCUUGAGGCAGACCCGCAGCCUUUUCUACAGGUUGAUCUUGGAAAUAUUCAUCGGGUGGUCGGUGUAAUAACCCAAGGCCACCGCAUACUCGAACAAUGGACGACAUCGAUUUUAUUAUCAUUUGAAAGUGAUCAUGGAUGGACUGAUGUAGACGGAGACGAAUGCGGCUGGAGAAAGGUCUAUUCAGCGAACUACGAUAACAACACCCCUGUUUUAAUCCGUCUUGCCAACCCCGUAAAGGCGAGAAAGAUCCGGAUUCAUCCACAUUCAUGGGAAAACAAAGUCACAAUUCGAUGUGAAAUUUUAGGUUAUGUUAUCUAAAUGGAGUUCACUACAAACACCAUGCUCAAGUACCUUUUAGCCGAAGAGUCCGAACCUGAAUGUCUCUUCUUCCUUUAUUCUUCUUCUGCUUUUUAUCUUCUUCUGAUACGAGAUAAUGAGACAAAGUAGCAGAGUUAGUACUAGGAAUCGUGAUAUUAUUAAUUGUACUACUGUUGGUGGUGUCGAGCCAGUGGUAGGUUGUUAGGGGUAGUAAUCGUUGUAGAGUAGUAGGAGAAGAAGUAGUAGUAGUAGUAACAGUAGCAGUAAUAGUAGUAGUAGUAGAAGUAGUUGUAGUAGUAGUAGUAGUAGUAGUAGUAGUAGUAGCAGUAGUAGUAGAAGUAGUAGUAGUAGUAGUAGUAGUAGUAGUAGUAGUAGUAGUAGUAGAAGUAGUAGGAGUAGAAGUAGCAGCAGCAGCAGUAGUAGUAGUAGUAGUAGUAGUUGCUGUUCUUGUACUAGUAUUGUUAGUAGUAGAAGUAGUAGUAGCAGCAGCAGCAGUAGUAGUAGUAGUUGCUGUUCUUGUACUAGUAUUGUUAGUAGUAGACUAGUAGUAGCUGAAGCGGCUGCAGUAGAAGUAGUAGCAGCAGCAGCAGAAGUUGUAGUACUGAUAGUGGUGGAGGUAGCGGAAGAAGAACAACAAGUAUGUUUUUUUAACAAUCUUUCCUGAUAUCGACAUUUGAUAAAACGACAAAGAAGUAAAGAUCCCUGGCAUAGAACUGGCAAGAAUGCAAGUCAAUAUUUCGCUUGUUUGUUUGUUUUUGCUUUUAUUUCUGCGUUAAACAAUCUUCAACUGAUACCAUACAUGUCUUAAAGAUAAUCUAAUUUACAAAAAUAAUCCCCCAAAUUCAAUAUACAAAAAUUGCAUAGAUAUUAAACAUGUGCAAGAGAACCAC